AGUUGUUUGCUUUCUGCGACGGAACGCCAUACGACUGUGCUGUCCCUUGGAGACUCUUUGGCCAUGUCUGAAGCCAAUAAGGAGGAGAUCGAGAAGUGCAAGCAGAUUGCGCAGGCGGCCUUAGCAGGAGGAGAUGCAGAAAAGGCCUCUCGCUUCUUACAAAAGGCCAAGCGCAUGUGUCCAACGGACACGUCUAUCGAUGAGCUGCUAGCUCAGGCUGCAGCUGGCGCGAGCGCGCCGCCCAGCAGCCCUGGUGCGGCCUCGCCUCCCCGCCACGCGCGGAGCGAGCCCGAUCUGGGCAGCGGGGUCCGGCACCGCACAGCGGCGAGCAGCGCGCCCACCAGCGGACCCAGCAACGUGCGAACCACCAAGGAUGGCAAGCAGUACACCUCCGAGCAGAUGCAGUUGGUGCAACGCAUCCUCCGCACUAAGGACUACUAUGACAUCCUUGAGGUUCCUAAAAAUGCCAGCGAGGAGGCCGCAAAGAAGGCUUACCGGAAGCUCGCCUUGAAACUCCACCCGGACAAGAACCAUGCCCCGGGCGCAGAUGAGGCCUUCAAGAAGCUCUCGAAGGCCUUUCAGUGCUUGACGGAUCCGGAGAAGAAGCAAGUCUACGACACCUACGGCGAUGAGGAUCGCAUGCCCCAGCAGCAGCGGCAUCACUACCAGCAGGACUUCAUGACCCCAGAGGACCUUUUUGCUGCCUUCUUCGGCGGUGGCCCCGCCUUUCACCAAGCUCACCAUGGGCGGCACCAUCACCACGACGAGGGGCAGAUGCAACGCGUGCAGAUCUUCCAAGCGCUGCCAGUGCUUUUGUUGGUGCUUUUGACCUUGGCCUCCAACUUUGCUAAAGAUGGUGGGAGCAAGUUUUCCUUUCAGCCGAACAACGCCUACCGGAACGAGCGCACCACCGCCAUGCUGAACGUGGCAUACUAUGUGACGGAUGACUUUGAGGAACACUAUUCUGAAGGAACGAAGAACUUGGCAGAGUUCGAUCGCCAGGUUGAGAUCUACCAUGUGCGCACCUUGCAUAGCGAUUGCGACUACCAGGAGAAGAAUCAGUACAAGAAGGUCUUAGCGGCAAAGCGAAGAGGCAGCCAAGAAGACCUUCAGGCUGCGCGAAACCUCCCGCGGCCCGCAUGCAAGGAGCUGGAGCGUGUGAAGAAGAAGUUUCCACAACUCUUCCGCUCUGCACUGUACAUGGGCGGCUACUGACCCUGCGGCAUGGAACCCGCGCGCACUGCGUGGAACCCGCGCGCACUGCGUGGAACCCGCGCACGGAACCUGGCCGCGUACGUUUUGCACGGCAGGCGCACGCAGGCACUCGGCAUGUUGGGUUCAUCACAAGGGUAACUUCUGUAAAGAGUCUCCAGUGGUGCAGGCCAGGGAGGCAUGUACGCGGCCACCAAGCGAGCCCAACGAAGCCUCGGUGGUGAUCAGGGUAUCCGAUCAGGUCUUGUCGGAGUCGCCUGGUAGCCAACUCUUGGUCCACUCCUUUGGUUCGAGAGUGUCCAGGCCGAAGGUCCCAACUGGGGGUUUCAUGGGGAAAUCCAGUUUUGUUGUACCCCCACUGUUGUUCUUUUGGUGAACCUGGCACCCACUUGGCCGCUGGGUCGCCGUAAUCAUCAGCCCCAGCCUUCUCGGCACCCGCCCACGCGGACGGGCUUCGCACCCGGUGCCGCCGACUGCGGCGAACUGGGCGGCUCUCCCCGGAGUGGAGGUGAAGCACGCCAAGACUCCAACAUAGGUCCACUUGCGUGUCACACAGGCGAGAUUUGGUCCAUUUUGCUUGAAGUGAAAAAUCCGAAUCGAA